AUGAGCGCACAGACCUCUAAGCUUUUCAAGCCAAUUCAGGUUGGCGCUCUUGAUCUACAGCAUCGCAUUGUCUUAGCGCCCUUGACCCGUGGCCGUGCUGAUUCAGCUGGUGUUCCCGCCCCUUACGCCGCAGAUUACUAUUCCCAGCGCGCUACACCUGGCGGUCUAUUGAUCACAGAGGGAACCUUCAUCUCCUUUGAGGCAUCUGGGCGUCCUUUCUCUCCCGGGAUUUAUUCCAAAGAGCAGAUUGAGGCUUGGAAGCACGUCACCGAUGCAGUUCAUGCCAAAGGAGCUUUUAUCCUUUGUCAGCUCUGGGCUCUUGGACGUAUUGCCGAACCUGAUCUAGUCCCUGCCGUUCUCAGCCCCGGCUCACAACCAUUUUUCGAAGAUGAUGAUGUCACACGAAAGAUCCCCGAUAACUUUACUGUCAUGAGUGAAGCUGAUAUUGAUAAUUUUGUGGGAUACUAUCGACAAGCAGCUUUGAACGCCAUCGAGGCUGGUUUCGAUGGCAUAGAGAUUCAUGGCGCCAAUGGAUAUCUCAUUGAUCAAUUUCUCCAAUCAACUAGCAACGACAGAACAGACCAAUACGGCGGCAGCGUCGAAAACCGCAUCCGCUUCCCUCUCCGUGUCGUCAACGCAGUAAGCGACGCCAUUGGACCCGAGCGCGUUGGCGUCCGCAUGUCGCCAUUCACGCGCUUCCAAGGAAUGCGCGAAGCUGAGCCACUAUCACUCUUUGUUCCUUGGGCACAAGCUAUUGUAGAUACGCAACCCCGCAUUGCGUACAUCCAUGCCAUCGAGCCUCGAGCUGAUGGUUCAGUGGACACGCCUGAGCAUCUACGCAAGGCUGAGGAUACUUUAGCGCCCAUAAGGGAGGUAGCUUCUCGUGCUGGUGUGCAGUUUAUUGUGGCCGGGGGAUAUACGCCUGAGAAGGCAUUGCAUCAUACUAGCGAGACAGAUGAUUUGGUGGCAUUUGGGCGUCACUUUAUCCCUAACCCUGAUCUCCCUGCGAGAAUAAAAAAUGGCUGGUCUUUGACCAAGUACGAUCGUUCCGUCUUUUAUGAGGUGAACGAGGUUGGAUAUAGCGACUAUACGGUAUACAAUACAGAGACAGCCACUGUUUGA